AUGGCUUUUGUCGCUAACGCAACAGCGGAAAUUAACGUGCAGACGCAGUACAAAAUCAUCAUUACAAUAUGCUUAGUCAUGACCAGCCUCUCCGUCGUCAUUGUUGGGACGCGUUUAUCUCUUCGCUGGACAAAUAAUACCGUCGCAGCUGACGACUUCAUGGCUCUGCUAGGCCUCGUAUUCGCCGGCGUCUACUCAGUUCUCUGCAUUAUUCGCACGUACUAUAGUAUUACUGGUAUCAUUUGGCAAUACUAA